AUGUCUAUGUUCGACAGAUUCAAGAAGAGUGCCCAGAAGGCGGGCACGCAGGCUUCCGCUUUCCUCCAGCAGGGCGGUAAUAGGCUCGCGCACGAGGGUCAGACCUUUGUGCAAGGGUUCUCCUUGCCAGGAGAGGCCGACAAAGCAGCCAAGAUCCUGGCGAGUUUCCUUGCCAAUCCAGAUCUACCCGAAUCCGCACUGAAUUCCAUUCCAAAAGCCGUCCUACAACAAGCAAGAGGCCUCGCCAUCUUCUCCGUUCUCAAAGCAGGCUUCGUGUUCUCCGGCAAGGCCGGCUCAGGCCUCGUCAUCGCACGCCUGCCCGACGGCUCGUGGUCCGCGCCUUCCUGUAUCGCAACCGGCGGUGUAGGUUGGGGCCUCCAGAUCGGCGCAGACAUCACCGACUUUGUCAUUGUGCUCAACAGCGAAGACGCCGUGCGCGCGUUCUCGAUGGGCGGGAAUGUCACAAUUGGUGGGAACAUCAGUGCUGCGGCGGGCCCGGUUGGCACGGGUGCCGCAGUGCAGGCGACUGUCGCACAUCCCGCGCCAAUGUUUGCGUAUUCCAAGUCCAAGGGUCUCUUUGCCGGUAUCUCGCUAGAAGGCGCAGUCCUAGUCGAGCGCAAAGAUGCGAACCGCGAUUUCUACGGCUCGUCAAUCCCAGCAUCCGACAUUCUAAGCGGCCGCGUACCUCCUCCCGAGGUCGCUUCUAAGCUCUACGAAGUCAUCGAAGCAGCGGAGGGCGUUGACGAGAGCGGCCUGCCGGAGACCGCAUACGUUCCCACCGCAACCGGCGACUACAAGGAUGUCCACAGUGGAGGCACUGUCUUCGACGCUGGCGCGCAUUGA